AUGUCCAAAAGAUUCAGACCCCCGUUGCAGCAAAAAAACCCAGAAGAUACCUACUGUGAGAAACACCGUGAGCGUCUGCAGCUCUUCUGUGAUGAUGACCAAACAGUAUUUUGCGGCGAAUGUUUCCAGUCCCAGGAGCACAAGCAUCACAUGGUGUCUGGAGUCCGAGAGGCUGGGGAAAAGUACAGGAAGUUAUUCCAGGAGAUAUUGAACACAUUGAAGGGGAAAAUUGAAGUAGCUAAAAGUAUACUGGCUGAUGAGCAAGAAAGGAUGGUGAUGAUUCAGGGAGAAGAACAGAAUUUUAAAGAGAUUAUUGAGUCUGAAUUUAGGAUAUUGCUCCGAUUGAUGAUUGAAGAGAAUAUGGUGAACUUCCACAGCCUACAGGGGUACACUUCUGACCUGCACUUGAGAGAGGUCACUCUGAAUCAAUUGACUGGGUUUGCCAAAGAAGCAGAGAAGUCCCAGGAAGUCCUACAGAAACUGAAAGAGUUGGGGAGAGAGAACAUGAAAAAAUUGAAGGAGAGUGAAGUCAGGCUCUCUAAAGAGAUCUGUAGCCUCCAAGAGAUGGCAGAAGAGCUAGAAAAGUGUGGGGGAUCUGCCAUAGUGCUGCUUCAGAAUGCAAGAUAUUUUUUUGCAAGGAGUGAGGCUCUGCUGACUCAGUGUCUGGAGCCUGCCCAGAUCACAGACCUCAGUCUAAUCCAAAUAACAGGACUUAGCAAAUGGGUGAAAGUGCUCCAGAGAAGUAUAACUUUGGAUCCUAAAACAGCUCAUCCCUGGCUGGUCUUAUCCAAGGAUCUGAGAAGCAUAGGUCUUAGAUAUAUCCAGCAGGCUAUAUCAGGAAACCCAGGGAGAUUUGACUUCAGUGCUACCGUGUUGGGUGUGGAGAGUUUUACUUCAGGAAGGCACUACUGGGAAGUGGAUGUCGAAAAGGCAGCAGCGUGGCAAUUAGGCAUCUGUGAGGACUCUGUCAACAGAAAGGAUAUGGCACCCAAAGCUUCCAGAAAUACAAUCUCACUGACAAGAUCUGUAAUGGGGACCCAGUAUACCUACUGGGUUUCUCCCCCUUUAAAAAAGGUCUCCCUGAGAGAGCAAAUGCACAAAGUCGGAGUUUUCCUGGACUAUGAGUGGGGUCAGGUGUCCUUCUAUGACAUGACAGAGGGAGCCCUCGUUUAUAAUUUCUCUAGCCUCCCAUUCCAGGGCGCACUCAGGCCUUUGUUUUCUCUUUGUAUCCCAAACAGAGGCACCAUUUCAGACUCUCUCAGCAUCUGCCUGCCCCCUGCUCCUCCCUAUUCUGUUCCUGUUGGCCCGAUAUCUUCCUAG